UAAUAGGCAGUCCAGUCCAGUUCGAGGGGUCGACGACUGGGGUGUGCUCCGUGUGUCCCGGGCUGACAGGACCCCGGGUAAUACGACUCCGUCCCAGAGUGUACUCCGCGUACCCAGUGCUACCGUGUCUCCCCAGAAGUCGAGUUAUCGGUUCCCCUGGAUCCACUUAGUCACUCCAGGACUACCGCCGCGUCCGCGAUGCUGCCCGCCAUGCUGCUGCUGCUGGCGCCGCUCGCCCUGGCCUGCCCGUGCCCGCCCGCGACCGCCGCCUCCGAGGUGUGCGGCUCGGACCUCGCGACGUACCCGAGCCAGUGCCACCUGGACUGCGCCGCCGAGCCCGGCCUCUCCCUGCAGCACCCCGGGCCGUGCUCCCCCCAGGACCCCGCCCAGCAGCGGAGGCGCCUCUUGGCCUCCGAGGAGCUGCGCCAGUGGGACGAGUGCAACAAGGGACGCGACUGCCCCGCCGCGACCUGCAGCGAGUGCGGCCCGGACGACAGGGACUGCGCGGUCAUGUGCCGGCUGAACUGCGAGUGCGGCUGCGGCGGGUACCCGCCGGGCGGCAUGGACUACAGACUGUGGGAGGCGUGCAACGAAGGGAGGGGGUGUCUGGGCCGGGCCGCCACGUGUACGGUGAAGUGCGUGGGGGAGGAGGACGAGAAGGAGUGCAGGGACCCGUGCGAGCGGGACUGGAGGAGGUGCGACUGCGGCUGCACGCAGCUCGCGGGGAACCGGACCAAAGUGCGCCGGGAAGUUAAAGCCGUUGGAAAGAGUACAAAAGAAAAUAACCAAGAAUCGUGACCUAAACACUGAGUCUGGUUUUGCGAUACUUUUGACACAAAACCAUGCGAUAACUGGUGUUUUGCGAUUCCUACGCUAAAGGGCAUGAUAACCCCCAAACGUGAUAAAAGUAUCACAUUAUUGUGAUAUUUUUAUCACAUUUUUUGGAGUUAUCAUGCCCAUGCAAAUCACCAAUUAUCGCAAAAAUUCAGUGAAAGUAUCACAAAACGGAUUUCAGUGAAAUGAACCCUGCGCUCGUAUGCUAAUCCGUCUCCUUACAUUCCAGGAAAAUUUGUUGAAAUGAAAAUAUACGCUAUUUACUACAAACAA